AUGGCUCAUAUAAUGAAUGCUGUAUUUUGUUUUUCGUGUCGGUUGUUCCCAAAUCCUAAGAACAAAACUAGUUUUACUGAUGGCUUCAAUAACUGGAAAAAUUUAUCUGAACAAUUAUCAUGGCGUAUAGAUAGUGGUAAAACUUUAGACAGUGAACUUCAAAAAGAAAUUCGAACUGAAAAUGACCGCUGUAGAACAGUACCGAAAAGAAUAAUAGUUCGUAUUAUUUAUCUUGCUCAACAAAAUGACGCGUUCCGAGGAAAAAACUAUACCAUUUAUACAGAAUCAAAUGGUAAAUUUCUUAAACUUAUUGAAAUGAAAACAAGUUUUGAUAAUCCUAUGGCUAAAUACUUGAGAAAUAUAAAAAAUAAAAUAAUCCAUCAACAUUAUUUGGGACCCAGGAUACAAACUGAAUUAUUACAUUUGAUUGGAAUAAAUAUGGUUGGACAUAAGCAAGGUGUACAGGCUAGAAUUUUAAAUGAAAAUCCUAGAGCGUUGUUUUUGCUGUGUUGUGCUCAUUCAUUAAAUAUUUUAUUAGGAGAUAUAGUAAAUUGUAUUCCAAGAGCUAUAACCUUUUUCAGAGUGAUACAAAGGUUGAACACUUUAUUUUCUGCUUCUACAGAGUGUUGGGAAAUUCUGGAAAAACAUUUAAAAUGUUUAACAUUGGAACAGUUGUCUGAUACUCGAUGGGAGUGCCAAUUAGAAUCUGUGAAGGCCGUGAAAGUACAACUUAAAGAGAUAAAUGAAGCGUUAAUAGAAGUAAGUGAAUCUACAUCAAUACCGGCAAUAUAA